UUUUGUUUUUAUCUCCGUCCUUCAAGACCAUGCGAUCCUUCAUCGCCCGUAUUUGCAAGCCCCUGCAUUCACAAACGAAACCAAUCGUGUUUUAGUUCAUCUAAUUUUCUGAUCGACGAUCUUCGAAAAUGCUCGCCGUCUUCGACAAAUCGGUGGCCAAAAGUCCCGACGCUCUGCAGAGCCCUCACUCCGACUCCGUUUGGGCUCUCAAAGAUGGAAUUCUCGCCAAGCAUUUUAGCUCUGUGUACCCUGACUCUGUCAUUGUCAACCUCGGCUCCGCCGGUCUCUUGGCCUAUUCCGUCGAGAAGAAAAACCCUCUCCUCCCGAGAUUAUUCGCGGUUGUGGACGACAUUUUCUGCUUGUUCCAAGGGCACAUUGAGAAUGUUGCUCAGUUGAAGCAACAAUAUGGAUUGAACAAAGCUGCAAAUGAGGUUAUCAUCGUUAUCGAAGCGUAUCGAACGUUAAGGGAUCGGGGUCCAUAUCCAGCUGAUCAGGUGGUCAGAGAUAUUCAAGGGAAAUUUGUGUUUGUUCUAUUUGACAGUUCCUCAAAAGCUGCAUUUUUUGCUUCUGAUGCUGAUGGGAGUGUUCCUCUACACUGGGGAACUGAUUCUGAGGGACAGCUUGUUCUCUCGGAUGAUGUAGAAAUUAUGAAGAAGGGUUGUGGAAAGUCAUUUGCUUCUUUCCCCAAAGGUUGCUUCUUCACAACAUCCGGUGGGUUGAGGAGUUUUGAGCAUCCACUGAAUGAGCUGAAGCCAGUGCCAAGGGUGGACAGUUCAGGUCAUGUCUGUGGAGCCAAUUUCAAGGUGGAUGAAGAGGCUCGAAAGGAAAGUUCUGGCAUGCCAAGAGUUGGGAGUGCUGCAAACUGGUCAUCAAACUAUUGAGUGCACUAUUCGGCAAAGGCUUUGUUUACUUUGCCUUGGCCUUCCUCCAGCUUCUUUCCAUAUUUCCAUAUUUCAUUACUCUUUUAACUGUGCCUUGAAAAUGGGUACUUAGGGUUUAUACUUCCCUUCCCGUUAUGGGCAUGUUUAUGCAGUUACAACUUAAUAUCAUAUGAAACUUUCUGUGGCUUAUUUGAGUUACAUUCUAGAUACGUGGAAUAAUAGUCUGUUUCUAAAUGUUUUUGGGGUU